AUGACCACAUCCUCCCUCUUCCACGCCCUCCUCCUCCUCGCGGCCGCCGGCGCCUCUGCCGCGGCGACCCUGCGGCCUCGACAGGGCGGCGACGAGUGCUGCUUCCAGCUAGCGUCGGUGGGGACGGUCAACGAGACGGUGGUGGAGAGCCACGUGGGCUCGCUGCUGCUGGGCGGGCCGUUCCAGCAGGGCGGGUUCUGCCUGGACGGGGCGGCGGGGACGGUGCGCGACGGGCUCGGCCACGGCUGCUUCAUGCGCGCGCCGGCCUACCAGUUCGCGUGCUGGGCCGCCGGCGCCGUGGGCCCGAACGCCUUCGCCGUGUCGCGCGCCGGCCCCGGCGGCCGCCCGCAUCUCGCGUACGACGGCCGCCCCGGCGUCUUCCUCGCCUGCCCCGUCCGCUCCAGCGCCCCCCCGUCCUACGACAUCUACUCCGCCGACAAGCCCGACGCCGCCGGCUGCCUCGCCGUCGCGCUCGCCCUCGUCGACGAGACCCCCGCCUGCGCCGCCGCCGCCGCGAGCAAUGCCGAGGCCCCGUCUUCGUCUUCCGUCGCAAUAUCAGCUCGCCCUGCGCCGACGCCGCCGCUGCCCCGCCGUCGGCGCGCCCAGGACCCCGCGAGGACGUGA